AAUACAAAAAGAGGAAAAAGAAAAGGGAAAAACAAAACCCUUGUAAUUUUCUGAAAUCAUAUUUACUGUAAUCUCUCUCGCUCCGUUUCUCUCUUUCAGGCGCACACGCAAUGUUGGGAGUGAGCAGCAAUUGCAGGAUGAUGAUUGGCGGAAGGAAGAAAAGGAAAAGAUGGAGGCAUUGAUUGAGAUAAAGUCGAAUGUGAGGGAAAAUUGUCAAAAGUCCAGGUAUGAAUCAUUAAUUGCCAUUGAGGUAAUUAAUGCUCGAACAAAAGUUGGUAAGUAACACAAUUUUUAACCUGGUGUAAGUCUUAUAUCAUGAUAUCACUAUAUAAGCCCCAGGUUCAUUUUGGUGUUGAGAAAAUAGUGGUGUUCCUUCUGGCUAAACAUAAUCCAAGGUUUUCAUCCCAGAAACCAGUGAUCAUUAUUUUGUUCAUUGCACGACGAGGAAAUCUGAAUCCAUUCACAUACAUCAAGAUAAGUAAAGUUCUGAUUAAGCUGAAUUUCUUCCUCAAUUGAUUCUCCUCUUCCCAAUGUCAAACUUUCAACCUUGUUUGCCAACCUGCUCUUCCUCUUCCGCUUCAUCCUCGUCGUCUUACCCACAACAUCCCUUAUCUGUUGAGGGUGAAAAGUGGUGGAUGCUGGAAAGAACUGCCAAUGGCAUAAUAUCAUCCAUUAGACCUGAUACGUAUUCUGAGAAGACAAGGAUGACGGGGAUCAAGAUCAUUGAGAAAUUAUUUUUGGAACACCUUGGGAUUAAGGUUUUCCCAUAUGGCUCAGUUCCUCUGAAAACAUAUCUUCCUGAUGGAGAUAUUGAUAUGAGUGCAAUCACCCAUCAAAAUACCGAGGACGCCGUGGCCAAUAACUUUUAUCAAAUUUUGAAAGCUUAUGAGCAAAACAAUUUUGGGUUUCUGAUUACGGAUGUUACUAUGAUUGAUGCUCAGGUCAAGGUUGUCAAGUGCAUUCUGGAUCAUAUUCCUGUAGACAUUUCAUUCAACAAAGUGGGAGGUUUCUCUUCUUUGUGCUUUUUGGAAACGGUGAAUAAAGAUAUUCAGAAGGGGCACCUUUUCAAACAAAGCAUUAUUCUGAUCAAAGCUUGGUGCUAUUAUGAGAGCCGGAUUCUUGGUGCUUCCUACGGCUUGAUCUCAACUUAUGCUUUAGAAACAAUGAUCUUACAUAUUAUUAAUCUGUUCCAUUCUCAUUUACGUGGUCCAUUAUCAGUGUUAUACACUUUUUUGGAAUACUACAGUUCAUUCGAUUGGGAAAGGUUUGGAAUAAGCUUAGAUGGUCUCAUUAUUUUAGAAGCCCUUCCAGAUGUUGUGGUACAAAGACCACAAAUUGAAGAUGACAUGCUGCUCGGGGAAGAUUUAAUUCAGAGAUGCAAGAAUUAUUUCUCUAUCCCAAUUAGAGCAGUUAGAGCUGAAGGGGGACAGUUUCAGUUGAAACCAAUCAAUAUAUUGGAUCCUCUAAACGACGAGAAUAACCUAGGACGUAGCAUCUCUCUAGGUAAUUUUUACCGAAUAAAAUCUGCACUGUCCUACGGGUAUAAAAAGCUUACAGAGGUUCUCAUGUUGCAAGAAAGCUGCAUAAGCGACGGCAUAAAGAAGUUCUUCGUCAACACAAUUAAUCGGAGACAUGCGCUAGAGAUGGAAAACCGUGUGGCGGCAUGUACCAGAGGAAGAUACUAUAAAGUCGCUAAUCUGCAUGGGAACUGCACGAGUAGCUUUGAGGGUAUGAUUUACGGGCAAUAUUUCCUCAACUAUACCUUACCCUUUCCUAGAAGACCUCAAAAUGUUCGCCCGGGCCCCGCUUUCCUGGAAACCAAUGUCGAAAGAAACAGCAUUCAUUUAGACAUCGGUGGUGCUGCAGUGGAAAGCAAUGAUGAUGGAAACAAAAUCAACAUUGACAAAGAAGCCACUUCCUCGGAGAUUGAGGAAGAACUAACCUCAAUGCUAUCGUAUAUCAAAGGUUAGAGUCUCCUCCAGUGCCAUUGGUGCUGUUAUCUGCAGUGAAUUUGGAGCAACCGUUGAGAAGCGAUGUAAACCAUUUGGGUUCCAUGCCUUCCUGCAGUGCAGAUUAUUAAUGAUGAGAUGUAUGAAUCCUCACUCUGCAGUGCAGAUUAUUUCAGCAGCUACAUUGUAACGUUAAUUCGAAAAAACUAGUAUCUGAUUGAUAUAUAUUAUUUUGAUUUAUAUUAGGUUUAUUCGCAAUAUUUGCGCUUUCGUUU